CUGGGUUGCCAUGGAGAUGAGCAGGAGGCAGCAGUAGCAGAGAGGCUGUCAGUGAGGGAAAUCAGUAUCAGGCAUCUGUGGGGGUCUGCAGGAGGGGAAGGAGGCAGGAUCAGGGACACGGCAGGCAGCAGACAUGGACUUGCAUUGCGAAUGUGCUGAGACUCCGGCAGUUGAACCACCAUCCGGGAAGAUUAAUAAAACUGCUUUCAAAUUAUUUAAAAGGAGAAAAUCUGGGGGCACCCUGCCUAGCAUAUUCGGGGUGAAAAACAAAGGUGGGGAUGGGAAAGGCUCGAGUAAAACUGGGAUGGUGAGGAGCAAGACUCACGAUGGAUUAGCUGAUGUUGUGUUGGAAAGCAGCAAGAAGGAAGAAUCAAGCGGCGGAGGUGCUGAUCAACUGAACAGGGAUAUAAACACCAGGGCUGUAGCCAGCCUCAAUGUUUCAUCAAGCAGCUCUGUGGCUAAGUCACACAGUUUCUUCUCUCUGUUGAAGAAGAAUGGGAAAUCGGAAAAUGGCAAGGGAGAGAAUGCAGAUCAGAGGGCGGGCAGCAGACAAAAGAAAGGACUGAAAGGGAUCUUCAGCGGUAUGCGGUGGCAUAAAAAGGAUAAAAAUGGCAAGGAGGAAAGGGGGGAAGCAUCAGAAAUUCAAUCCAGCCUUAUUAUGCCUGGUUCUCUGACCGCCAGCUUGGAAUGCAUCAAAGAAGAGACACCAAAACCUUUUUCUGAGCCUCAGUAUAGCACAGAAGAAAUUAAUAUUGAAUUGUCUUGUGAUACACAUAGUGGAGAUAUGCACGCCACCGCAGAUGAGCCUGAAGUUCGAGAUGCUGGGGAACUGCAGAACCAUAAAAGCAUACAAGAAGAGGAUCCUGCUGCCGCUGAAAACCAACAUGAGGAGAAUCGCCCUGAGCUGCCAGAUCCGGGUGUGGAAGAGGUUGGGACUGCGAAGGAUACGGCCAUAACAGGUGACAUUCCAAUAAAGACUAUUCCCCUUGUUGAAUCUGAAUGUCUUAGUGGUCAAGAGAUGGCAGCAGCCCCUGACCCUUCCUCUAUUGAUCCACCCUCAGAGCAAUCAAUAGAUCGUAUUUGUUUGAUGUUUGCUGACGUGACUUCACUGAAAAGCUUUGACUCUCUUACAGGCUGUGGAGAUAUUAUUGCAGACCAGGAGGAUGAAGUGGGCAGCAGCAGUGGCGGCUGUGACAAGAGCACCCCAGGGGCCAGCAAGCCAGGAACUUCUAAAAAGAACCCAAACAUGGUGGCCUACCAGGGAGGCGGCGAGGAGAUGGCAAGCCCAGACCAAGUGGAUGACACCUACCUUCAGGAGUUCUGGGAUAUGUUAUCACAAACAGAGGAGCAAGUCCAAGAGAUACAGGGAGGAACAAAACAACCUGUGAUCAAAAAAGAGAGCAAGUGUGUCGAGGGGGCGCAGGAUGGUUUAAUGGGGAAACGCAUUGGUUUCAACCAGAUUCCAGUUCAUCUCACCCACAAAGAGGAUCAGAAGAACAGGGAAAAUGAGCAGCCAGAGGGCAUCCCAAACAGUGACGAAGGCUACUGGGAUUCCACUACUCCUGGUCCUGAGGAAGAUAGCAGCAAUAGUGUCCAGAAAGAGAGCAUCCCCAGGGACAGCUACAGUGGUGAUGCCCUCUAUGAUCUUUAUGCUGAUACAGAUGAAAACACCACAGGGGUGCCUUCUGAUGAAGAAGUCACCUGUGUUUCACGCUCCAAACCUGUCUCUCCGGUAACAACCACUUGCUCACUUAAAACACCUGCAAGUUCAGUCAAGGACUCCAAGAUACCUAUCAGCAUUAAACAUCUUACAUCGCUUCCCGCCAGCCAUGGAACGGAUGCCAGUAACAGCCAUCACAUUGCACACCAUCACCCAACCAAAAGUGAGAUUCCCAGAACAAAAAUCCCUGUUUCUAAAGUACUUGUACGGCGGGUCAGUAACAGGGGUUUAGCGGGAACGAUGGUUAAAGCCACCACAUUCCAGGACAGUGCUAAAAAGUAGUUAAACAAGAUCUGGAGACAAAGACAGACAGUGAGUUAGAGGCGGGAAAGUCUUUAUAGGAAAACACAUAAAAAUGUUUGCAUCACCUACAGAAAGGCACCUAAAAGGGCCCCAUAAGUGUAUUCUGGGGACUAGCACUUCUAAAGCUUGUCUUGAUAUACAGUAUAUAUAAAUACAAAAAUGUCAAAUUCUUUUCGAGCACUUUUUAAAAUUUGUAUCUUUUUUUCUGAAGCACUAAACACUUAGGAGGUCACUUUUACAUGCCUUUGUGGAAGCUGGGACUUUGAUUAUAAACAUAAAACGAGCAUCUCCCCUAAUGCAAAUUAGUGCCAUGAGUUCUUCAAGGGGACAGAAAUACAGAAAGAGAUGAACAAGAGGAAUUCUCCAAUACACUUAACUUUUAUUGUUUUUUAUUGUUGUUGUUUUUGCUUACAUUGAAAAAUGAUGUCUGCUCUACAAUUAUGUAGGAAAAUGCCAAGAAAAAACAACCAAACAGGUAAUUAUUUACCUGAUGUACAUACAGCAGUGCUGGUCAGCAGCAGACUCAACUUAUUUGUGUCCGGUAGCUAAUUAAUGAGUUAAGUGGAUUUCUAUAACUAGAAGAGAUAUUUUUGUUUGUUUGUCUGUUUUGUUUUGGAUCUGUUACAAUAUAAAUGGAUAACAGAGACAUCUGGCAAAGUUCAGAUGUUUACUUCAAUAUUUGUCUGAUGCAUAAAAACCAGGUUCAGGGAAUCAUUUUACUAAAAGCCAAUAUAUACACAACUUUCACAUUUAUACAAUAAAUUACUCUUCAUGUGUAAAUACAUAUUUUAACAGUUUUAUUCAAUGCUACAAAUAUUUUAUAUAAAAAUGUUUGUCUGUAUUAUCUAGAGUUUAAGCAAAAGUUAGUUUUUAUAGAUAGAUGAUUUUACAAUUCUAAAAUUAUGGAACUUCCUUUAAGUACCUUAAACUAGAGCAAAACUCUCUUUUAUAUGGGCUUUUGCUUCCCCAGAUAAACAAGUUUAUUAUGCUUUUUAUUAUGAUUUUAUUAAAGUGAUGUAUUCAUUCUGCCAGAGCCAAUGUUCUGCCAGCAUUGCCAUUGCAGACCUCUAAUUUACUUUGUGCUCAAAGCUGGCUGAGAAGAAACCAGAAUAGAAAUACAUUUUAAAAUUAUUAUUUUAAAAAUCUAUAAAAUCAGUUUUGACUGUUUAAAGACAAUUUUGGGUUUUCAGUUUCAGUCUUAAUAAUUUCCAUAUGAUUUUACUUUUAGCAAGAAAAGUGAUGUAGUAGGCUAGUGAUCCAGGAAAUAGCCAGACAACCUGGGUACUAGGAAAAAAUUAUGAAUGGCCGAGAUGUUUUUUGAAAAGUGGCUACUGUACAUGGGCAUUGAUAACAUUUCAAAGAAAUUUCAUAAAGAUUUUAUAAUGUGCCUAAAGACAUAUUUUCAUGAUAUUCUAAAACAGCUUCACUGGUCAUUUAAGUCUGAUGGGUAAAUACUAUGUAUUUACAAAAUAUUUUAAAAUCUGUAUUUAGUCAACAGACUGCAAGUGAUGUGAAGGUGAUGUUUCAAUGAAUCUGGAAAUACACAUUUAAAAAAAAUUAUAAAAACAUUAUGUAGAGAAUCCUAAAUUUAUGUAAGUGAAUCUUACAUGACAGUUUGCUUAAUCUCCUUUUAAUAAAAGAGAAAAUAAUAUACAAAAUAUAAAUUUUAAAGAAUAUUAAGGUUGUAACUUGAACUGUGAAAAGUUAAGAAAUAUUGUACAAUAUUAAGAGUCCAAUUGUUCCUUCAUUUACAUGAGUGCAGCUACUAUUGGUAUCACUUGGUGUUGCCCAUGUAGCUAAUAAGGGUAAAAUUGAGAUGUAGCUUUGAAAUAGUCUCUUGACCUAAUACUGACUUGCAUAACUCCAUUGGUGGAAAAGUUAUCCUUUUCAUUCAAUUUCCUAGCUUUAUUGGUUUGUGUCACAACCUCAAUAUAUUUGAAAGAAGUUUAUUUUUAAUGUACUUUCUUCAUAAUGUAUAUGUGGAUGGUUGCAGCCAUAUCCACUCACACAUACAAGCUGUAUAUAUGCAUGAAUAGGCAUACAUGUACUGUAAAUGCACACAAAUUAACAUGCGCGUUCGUGCAUACACACACUCACGCAAACAAUACCAGGCAUGUACAUUCCUAUGCACAGACUGAGGGGACAGACAGUAAAUCUAUCUCAAAAUGUGUUGGCAAUUAUUUUCUUUGCCUGAGAAAGCGAUUUGCAUUUGACCUGACUGUACUUGUAUUUUUAGAAGCUAAAGUUCUCAAAAGGAUGGAUGGAAUUUUAAUGCUAGUCAUGAAACUAACAGUCCUUCUGUUUUCCCCCUCCCCACAUCUGAUUGUAAUGAUCAUGUUGUUCUUUGCAUGAUGAUUAUACAGAAAAUUCAUGUUGUCCUUUUUGUGUUAAGGACAAAUUGUAUAGAAGGAAUUUAUAAGGAUCUGAAAGUUGAGAUGGAGAGAGGAUGUUGUGCAUUAAUGACAUACUUUAAAGAGGGAAGAGUGGAUAGCAGCAGAUGUAUGUCAUUUAAAACACUAGGAGAAACAACUUACCACCUAUACAGUACUUGUUUGUGGCAAUUUUUCUUCAUAUACAUUUUGUUUGCAUUGUGGCCUGUUUGUAGCAAGAAACAGUAGAAUACUUUUAAUUAGUCCCCUCAUACUUGUAACUAACAACCACCACCGUUAAAAUAUUUUGCCUUUCCUUCAUUUUCUCUCUCUAUUUCAUUUCUAUCCUUUUUUACUCCUCUUGCUGCAUGCUAGCUGGCAAAUACAAUCUAAACAGCUACUCUCCGGCAAGGAGAUCUGAAGCUUUCAUGUGGGAAGAGUGCUCAGGGUGGGAGGGGUACCUGCAUAGCCUCUAUUUUCCUACAGAGACUAGGUACUAAUCACUUUCUCAAGCUUUAUGCCCUAUACCUAAUGUAAGUAGGUUUAGCAAAUCUGUUAAUGAUUAAUUUGACUGCUUGCAAUUAACAAAGGACAAUCAUAUCUUUAAAAGGAAAAUGGGAAAGUAACUUUUAGAGGGUGUCAGUAUUUUGUACCAUAACACAGUGGCAUUGAUUCAGGAGUAAGAGCAGUGGCUGUGUGGGAGUGAAGAAACUGAAACACAUGUUAAUACUUAAAUUAGCUCUAAUUUUUUAUUCACAAAAUUCAGAGUAGUUUUUAAGCCAGUUAUGUUUUUUUAAUGUCAAAAGUUAACAAUCUGAAAUUUAAUAGUUACCAGGAUUUGUUUUUAUUAUAAUAGAAAUAUAUUUGUAUGUUAUAACUUCACACAUGGCCUAAAACAAAGCACUAAAAGGCAGUUCAAAAAGCUUUUUUAAAAUGUACAUUUAAUUCCUUUAAGUCACAUGUAAAGGACACUGAUAUGCUUAAUGACUGAAAAAUGGAUGACUUCUUGGAUUUAAUGGGUUGAAACAUAAAGAAGUAAGAGUAUUGGAGCCAUUCUGUAGUGAUUUUUGCCUUCUAAUUUGUGAUAUUAUUGUAUUUAAAGUAAACGUUUUUAUAGCCUUGGUGGUUAUCAAGGUAAAAAUGAUCUUCCAGUUUCCAAAGAUACCAAUCUUCUUCAAUGUCAUGGUUUUUAUUUCUUAAAGAACACUUUGUUUAGAAUUUUUCUUGGGAUUUUGCUGUAUAGUUAUCACCUUGUACCUAACACAUAAAACAUUUUAGAGAACAGGUCUUGGCAUUUAGUGUAUAUACUCUUUGCACUUUCAGGUCAUUACUGGUAAAUUUUGUAUGUCCCUAGGAUAUUUCUAUAUAUUGCAUAACAUUUUAUAGUUUCCUAUGGUAUCUUUCAGUGGUCUGUGUUUCUUUGCUAAUUAUCAGCACAGAAAAUCUUUGUUUAGUAGCAUGAUAUGCUGUCUUUUGUGGACUUAUUUUGUCACAAGAGAAGCAAAGUUUGCUGUCCUAUAGGUGUGGUCUCCAAUUGAAACAAAGGGAUUUAUUUUCUUCUUUGUAUACAUGUACCACUCCCAUCGACAGUAAUAGCAUUUGAACAUAUGCAGCAGAUUUCAGAGGAGAUGACCACACCUACUAAGGUGAAUCCAUAUUCACUGUUACUUCAUCGAUCAUCUUUCUCACUCACUAUGAACAUCUCUGCUACCAUUUAGGAUUAUUGAUGACCAAAUCUGAAGACUUCUGUGUGUAAACUUAUCCUAUAGAAAUGCAUUCUCUGAUUAUUUUUUAAUGAAUUAUGCUAAAUUAUUUAUCUAGGCUAAAAUAAUAUUGCACCAAAGUUUUCAAAAUGUCAGAUUCAGAUGGCAUUUUCAGGAAAGUGCUUAAGUACAGAUGAGCCAAAUUACCAAGCUUUUGCUUAGCAAAGCAAAACUCUAGUUGGUUUUUAAAUUUAUGUCACUGCCAGAGCUUGCAUCUCAAUGGGAGCCAUUGAUUUGCUAUAUGGCCCCUCUCUGAAGCUUUUUUGCCUGCUGUAAUAGACUGCUUUUGAAAAGGCUUUUUAUUGUGUUAAUGGCAUGAAGGAGACAGUUCUCUGCAACAAUAACCAUUUAUAAGACAAAUAGUAUAGGAUCUAACAGCAAAUAUACUGGAUUUUGAGCAAGGUGGCCUAGAAAUUUAUUUUCAUGGCCAUUGAUAUGAAAUGCUACUUCUUUUCAACUCUUGGAAAAACACAGUAAUACCAGCUGAAGGAUGCUACAGAACUAAGUCCCUGGCAGAGAUUACACAUGACAGUUGCUGCAAUUUUUCUUCCAUUUAUUCAUUCAGCUGACAUAACCCAUUUUCCCAUGCAGAACUGCACAACAGUUAACAGUAAGUGCUCCCUAAAUGGGCACUUUCUUUCUGUUCAAAGGUGAACGUUUCAAGAUUAUACAGAUAGCUGCAGUCCUCUAUAUUGGUGUAUUAAUAUUUCCCUUGAUCUUAAUGCAAAACACAUUUUUUAAUUGUUUUUCCAUCUUGAAAGGCAGACACUUCAGAGCUUGACCCCAAUUCUUAGCAUGUCCAAAAUGCAGCCAGUACAAUGAUUGCUAUACUUAAUGAUGGCAGACAUAACACCAGAUCCAGGCAAGUGCAGUAAAUCCUGUGUGCUGUCUGUCAUGUCACUGCCUGUGUUUUGUGAUUUGUUAACCCAGUAUGUUUUCCCUUUUAACAUUAAUUGCAAUUUCAACAGUAAAAUCUGUUUUUUGCAAAAACAAGAUGUUGAUUUUGGAUUGUAAGGACCAAACAGGUUUUUAUUACUUUGGACUAUGCUUCAUUAAAAUGAUCACCAUUUCAGCACCAAACCAUUUCAACUGGAUUUUCUAUGCUGAUGCACCAUGUCUUUGAGUAUAUUUAUGAGAGGCCAUGAACAUCUGCACAGAUGCCCUGUGAAUCAGCUCUGGCCCCAUGGAUGGCCCCCUUGUUUCCCCAAUAACUCAGCUUUUCCUCCCUUAGUUGCUUUUGGGACUCAAAAUUUUUUUUUUGUUUAAUUUCUGUGGGAGAAAAGGCAGAUGAUGUGCAUCUCUCAUGCCCCGUCCUGCCCACUCCUCUGUUGCCUACUCUACUACUUCCCAGUAUGGAGCUGAGAGGGCAGGAUGUCUGAACUUCCCUUCCUUGUGAAAGAAAAGAGUGUCUGGUGUGAAGGUUUUCCUCCAUAUGUGAACUGAGGGAGCAUGAGCUGGCUCAUUGCACUAGCACUACCGUUAAUGAUAAAAUAUUCACUCAAACUACAAGCCAAAUCCAGCUGACUUCCUUGCUCAUGAAAGUACAACAGAUCUAGUGAAGCCUUAGCUGAUGUUAACUGUAGUAUAUUUUUAGUUGUCUUGUGAAGGGAAUGGAACUGCUUGGGCCAGAAAGAUAAGCAGUACCAUUCCCUUUACAAGACAAAAUGUAGCUUUAACAUGUCUAUUUCCACAGACCUAGUACCGCUCAAAGACAUUCUCCUGCAUUUCAAUCCUCUUUAUUAAAAAAAUAGGGCUAUAGAUCAGUGACUAUGGUGGAGUGUUCUACUUUAGAAUGGAUUGAACAAUAUGGGUUGAGAAUAGAAGUUGCUAUGUAAAUACAUGUAAAAGGUCAGAGAUACAUCAAAUCAAAAUUAAACCACAGCUGACAAACUCAGGAAUAUGACAUUGUUCUGGCAUUGCAGUAUAAACAGUGUGUCUCUAUUUUUCAAGAAUAAUAGUGAAGAUAGGUGCUCAGUUAUAUCAACAUAAAAUCAGAGACACUCCAGUGGUCUGGCCCAGACUAUAAUACCCAGGUACCCAGUACAUAAUGCGUCAUCCCUCACUGCAUUCAGAGAAAUAUUUUGUAUGGUGCUACUCAGUAUGAGUAAAGGUAUCAGAAUCUGGUGAGCUAGAUUUGUGCCAUUGUAUCCUUCAGCAGAAUUUUACUCCAAAGAUCUGCUAGUUUUGAAGCUUGCAGCUUUCAUAAACCAUGGAAUGUGCUGGCUCCUAAAAGUUACACUGCUGUGAUGUGGAACAUAUACUAAUACAAUGCUAGGAAAAAUAUUUUUGAUUAUAAAUUAAAAAGAAAACCAACAGAUUAGUGAGAAGAAAAAUAAAUCGAAUAACAUUGUAGUAAUAAGCAAUGGUGUUAAUCUUUCAUCACAGCCAGUCUCGAUUUAUAUAUCAGUAGCAUGACUGGGGGCAAAAGUGGGUAAAAAUAUUCAGCACGAUAGCUGACAAAAAUAAUGCUGAAAAGUGGUUUCUUACAUGCUAAAUUGCACAGAUUCAACUGUUUUAAAACGUUCAUUUUUUAAAUGAGAGAUGUUACACCUGGCACCAUUUUAACUGCAGGUUUUCCCAUUAGUAUUUGUGUUGAGCCAUCUCCAGUGAAAUAACAUAUGGCCUAUUCAAUAUGAUAAGAAAGAAAAACCAAAACUCCACACUUCGUUUAAUUCACCAGUUUUCUGAGAAUCUAGUAAACUCACAUUCACCAACUUGUUUAAGCAGAGAAAGUAAAAGCUUAGAAGGUCUUUAGGUGGCAUUUUUAUAGACUGUUACAAGAUCCGCUUCCACUUAAACUUUGAAAAAUACUUCUCUCCAACUGUUAAAGAACUUGUUAAAAAUAUAACAAAUAGCAAUAGAUGUUUUUUCCCCCAAAAGUUAAAUGGGAUAGAUUAAUCAAUGUUUAUAUUUUUAAUCUUGUAAAUAUUUAUUUUGGGUACUCUGUAUCUGUAUUGGCACUGACUCUGGUGUUUGCUUAUGUACCAUUGUGAAUGUUGGUGGUUUUGGUAGUCACCCUUCUAACGAAUGUAAGGAACUCUGAUGAACUGCACUUUUCUUCUUUCAUUAAAAACCUUAAUGUGAAAAAAAUCCACUGUCAUG